GUUUCUGCCCCUGCUGUUGUGGUCAGUGAAACAAAGUGGCGAAAACCUUAUUGUUUAUAUCACUGUAAGAGAGAACAAGAACAUUAUAUAAUAUGACACACGCAGGUUUACCCGAGCGUCCUAAACCUCCAACUGGACGAGAGAUGCUUGCAGACAUUGCUGGUACAAAUGACGACGAUGUCGUGUUUACGUCUGGGCAGUACGUUGAACUUGCAGAUUUGACAACAGACUUGCCUGAAGGCACAGCUUCUGGAACAGAUGAUUCUCAGACAACUCUUUUGGAAGCAGAGACAGCACAGAGAAUGUAUCAAAAAGCUGUUGAACUCUUAGAACGAGUACGAACUCUGCAAGAAAUUCCCUCAAACCUUCAAUCUCAAUACUCCCAGCUGGAAGAGCUUGGCAAAGAAAUGACCAAAGCUAUAAAUGAGCUUAAAGACUCUUCAAAUUAUUUUACAAAGAAUAUCAAAAAGAAAAAAUAAUAUAAGGCUUCUUUGAAUGUUGUAAAGUAGAAUAUAAUAUUGUAGAGUAUAGUAAAAUGUACUAAAAACUGCUUCUGUCAGAUGCUCUGUUUUAACAUAAAGGAAUGUUUGACAGCA